AUGGCAGUUUUCAACAUCAAUCGAGAGGGAGUGACGGCUGCCGCCUUGCUCGCCCUUGUCGGCAUAGCGCAAGCCACCAUCGCCGCUGAUCCAUCGUCAUGCGGCGGCGCGCCCAUCACUAGCAUCGAGCAACUCAACAAGACUGUCCACGGUCGCGUAUUCUCCAACACGCCAUUUGCCCUGCCAUGCUUCUCGAGCUACAAUGGCAAUGCUGUGACUCCCGAUCCCAAGGCAUGUGCUCUUGCACAAGCCAACUACGCCUCUCUAGGAUACCGGUCGCCGAUCCCGGGAUCGUACCAGAACGGCCAGGGCGGCAUGUGCAACGCCGACCCGGCAGACCAAUGCGAAUUGGACCGCAGCAAUCCCUACAACCCACAGCCUUUUGCCAACGGCACCGACUGUCGCCAGGGCAGUGUAGCUACGCACUAUCUGCAAGUCGAGGAACCCUCCGAUGUUCAAGCUGCCUUUAACUACGCCAAGGCGACCGGCCGAAAGCUCACCGUCAAGAACAGCGGGCAUGAUUACACCCUGCGAAACUCUUGGAAGGGAUCUCUGGCAAUUUGGACGCGCAAGCUGACGAAGCUGGAGUAUCACUCCGAAUUUACACCCGAAGGCUCCCAUAAUACGAGACAGCGAGGCGUCAAGGCCAUCACUACUGGCGCUGGUGCCAACUGCGGCGAUGCAUACGCCUUUGCAGAGGCAAACAAUGUCACCAUCAUCUGCGGGUACAGCAAAACUGUGGGAAUAUCUGGCGGCUGGGUGCAGGGCGGAGGGCACUCUGUACUUUCCCCCGUCUAUGGCCUCGGUAUGGACCGUGUUCUUCAGUUCAAAGUGGUUACGCCGGACGGCAAAUACCGCACUGCCAAUGCUCACCAGAACCCAGACUUGUUCUGGGCGCUUCGCGGUGGUGGUGGCAGCACAUUUGGUGUGGUCAUGGAGAGCACGCAUGCUGUGGAAGACAACUUCCCACUCAUUGUUGCCAAUCUGACUCUGCCGACGACCGACAGUGGCCCGAUUGUCGAUACGAUGAAGCUGUUGAUCGACAAUGCUGUCCGAUGGGGCGACUUGGGCUGGGGUGGUCAGAUCAUGCACAACCAGUUCAUCUAUGUCAACCCCAAACUGAGCCUCGCCGAGGCCAAGGAGUCCAUGAAGCCUGUGUCUGAUUUUAUCCUGUCGCAGGGCGGAUCCGUAUUUUUUGAAGAAAUGACUUCUUUCCAUGACUUUGUGCACACGUACAUCUCACGAUAUUUUGCUUCGGCAGGCGGCAUCCUUUUCCCAGCCAGCCGCCUCAUCUCCCGCAUGACUAUGAACUCGGAAGAUGGCCGUGCCAAGCUCAUGGAAGUCGUCAAGGAUCAUGCUGCACAUGGCGGCCGAAUGUACGGCUCCGUUGAUGUACCUACCAUCUUCAAACACCAAGCCAACUCUACCUCUGGCACACCAGGAUGGUACAAGUCGAUUUGGCACUUCCAUCCUACGGUAACCUGGACUUGGAACAGUACUCUCCCAGAACGUCAGAAGGCCGUGAAGCGACUUAAUACCCUGACGAAGAACCUUGAGGCUGUCUCACCUGAUACUGGCAGCUAUCUCAACGAGGCUAACCCGUUCACGGCCAACUGGAAAGAAGCAUACUGGGGCAUGGGGAAUUACAAUAGAUUGCUUGCGAUUAAGAAGCAGGUCGAUCCCAGCAGAUUGCUGCUGUGUUGGCGAUGCAUUGGCUGGGAGGAGAGCGACGAGCAGAAUAACUGUCUCACAGCCCUCAGCAAUGUCAGAACUGAAUAA